AGAACAGUCGUUUAUCCUGGUGUCUAGGAUCCGUGGUGGAUGGUAGUGGUGGAUGGUGGUGUGCAUUUUAGUUUUUUAUUUUCCAAGUUCUUUUACAUGUAUGGCUGAAGGUGGAAGCCUGGUUUAGUUUGGCCUUGUUUAUGUGCAAGACACUGUGUUCUUUUAAUUUUUCACCAUCACCACCACCACCAUUACUUCACACCAAAGGGUUCAGUGGUCUGCAUAGUCUUGUGAGUUGAGAACAUUGUGGAACCUUUUUAUCCUGGAGCUGAGGAGCUAAUCCAGGAUGAAGUUGGAGGAAAUCAUUCCCCUUGUGGGCAAUUUUGGGCGCUAUCAGUUAUUUGUGGUCUUAUACGCUGGCGUGUUAUCUGCGGUCGGCGGUAUGGUGACUUUCGCCGACGUGUUUUUCGCAGCCGAAACGGACCAUUGGUGCCAAGUUCUGCCAAAGGAAAAUUGCUCCAGCUGGGUGGAGUUUCAAGACAACUGCACGGACGUGAAAAAAUCCAUCCUCCUGCCUCCUCCAGAGAACGAGGACAGCAAGUAUCCUUAUUCCACUUGCCAGCAGUGGGACCUGCCACCUGGGUACGAGUUCGAUCCAUACGAGCCACCCAGUGACGUUGAAAAUCAUACUUACGGUCGGGUGCCGUGCAAAGAUGGAUGGGAAUACGACACAUCGCAGUAUGAGACUACAACCAUCUCAGAUUUUGACCUGGUGUGUGACAAGAAAAGUCUGCGCAGCCUCGCUCAGUCGAUUUACUUCGCUGGGUUUUUGGUUGGAUCUUUCAUCUUCGGCUCUCUAUCCGACUGGAUUGGUCGCAAGAAAACCGUCAUCUUUGGAUUGCUGCUUCUCGCUUGUGGCGCAAUCGUCACAACAUUCUCCGUGAACAUCUACAUGUACAUGGCUUUCCGUUUCGUCGCUGGCUUCGGCAACAUGGGUUUCUACAUUCCCCUAUACGUACUGGUCAUUGAAUUUGUUGGUAACUCUUGGCGCACUGCAGCUACCAUGGCCUUGGGCAUUCUAUACGCGUGUGGAUACUUCUUCCUGGCAACCGCUGCUAUGUACAUCAGGGACUGGCGACGACUCUCUAUGAUCGUUUCGCUGCCGUUGCUCCCUUUGUUCGUCCCAGUGCUAUUUAUUCAAGAGUCGGUAAGCUGGUUGGUUUCCAAGGGAAGGAUUGACGAAGCUGAGGUCGUCAUCAGAAGAGUGGCCAAGAUCAACAGGAAGACGCUGCCAGACGUCUUAUUCGAUAGAGACGACAUCAAGGACGAAACAGAAUCGAAGACAUCAGCUAUUCCUCCAUCUGUCAUUGACCUGUUCAAAACACCCAACAUGGCGGCCAAGACCACCACUAUCAUGAUCAAUUGGACUGUGAACAAUCUUGUUUAUUACGGCCUCGCACAAAGCACCGACAAUCUAGGCGUGGAUGAGUACUGGGCGUUCUUCGUAUCGGGAGCCGUGGACAUCCCAGCGCUGAUUUACGCCACGUUCGGCGUUGAAUGGUUCGGUCGCAAGAGGAACACUGCCGUGCUCGAACUCAUCGCUGGUAUCGCCUGCUUGGCUACGAUCUUCAUUCCACUGGGUAUUUGGCGCACCGUGGUGGCCAUGAUUGGCAAAUUCGGGGUGUCCGCCUCGUACAGCAUAAUUUACUUGUACACGUCGGAGCUGUUCCCCACGCCAGUCAGGAGCAUUGGUGUGGGCAUGGGUGCAGUUGCGGCGCAACUUGGUGGAAUUCUGUCCCCAAUCAUUCUACUGUUAGGGGACUACUUGGAAAGUCUACCCCUGAUCGUGUUCGGCUCGAGCGCGGUUCUGGCGGGAUUGUUGGUGCUCCUUCUACCGGAGACGAAAGGACGAAAACUGCCUCAGACGCUGGAAGAAGGAGAGGAAAUAGGAAAAUGCCGUUGCAUGCGGAGAACGCACGAGGAGGAUACAGCACCUGUUAGCGAGAAUGGUGAUCGGCCAGAUGAGGAGAGCGCCCUCAACCUGCCCAAUCCAGCAUUCCUUUAUACUAAGGAGGAGGAAGUGGAGAUCGGAGUCUAGAACCUGCUGACCAUGGGCGGAGCCAAUAUAUGUGGUUUUUUUUAGAGGGGUUAAUAUGUUUGAAGAGGCUUACAUUUUUGAACGUGCGGUGCGCUUUCUAAAAUUGCCUGUUUAGUCUUCUCAGUUUAGUUUGUUUGUUUGUUUUUAUUUGACAAUCUCCAUAUAUCGUUACCAAGAACAAUGAACAUAACAUUACGCAUUCAAUUUAAAACAGAUUAUAAUCACAGAAAUACAAUGUCUGUCCGAGGCAUUCUUUCUUAUUAUGUUCUUUAUUGUUCUAAUCUUGUCCUACAGAUUUUCUGUCUGAGUGUAUUUCUUUACAAUCCACUUAUUACACACUGUGUUGGUUUCAGGUUUUAAGUCUCAGUUUUCUUGAUUUUAGGUUUUAACUUGGUAUAAAGUUCUUAUUUCGUCAUUUUGAUUUUCUUUUGAGGUUGUAGUAAAUCAAUUCUUUUUUGGUCUUUUUUGGUUUGAAAUCUAGAAUUGUGUCCCUUGUCUCUAUGAA